AUGGCUGAAGCCAUUGUGAGUGGCUGCAUAGAUGUUGGAAGGGUUAGGGAUGAAGAAGGAAGAGGAAGGGGAAGAAGGAAGAAGAAAAAAAGUGAAGAAGAGGAAAGAAGAAGAAAGAAGAAGAAGAGGAAGAAGGGGAAGAAGAGGAAUAAGGGGAGGAACAGGAAGAACAGGAAGAAGAGGAAGAAGAGGAAGAAGAGGAAGAAGGGGAAGAAGAGGAAGAAGGGAAGAAGAGGAAGAAGAGGAAGAAGGGAAAGAAGGGAAAGAAGAGGAAGAAGGGAAGAAGAGGAAGAAGAGGAAGAAGGGGAAGAAGGGGAAGAAGAGGAAGAAGGGAAGAAGAGGAAGAAGAGAAAGAAGGGGAAGAAGAGGAAAAAGAGGAAAAAGAGGAAAAAGAGGAAAAAGAGGAAGAAGAGGAAGAAGGGGAAGAAGUGGAAGAAGAGGAAGAAGGGGAAGAAGGGGAAGAACAGAAAGAAGUGGAAGAACAGGAAGAACAGGAAAAAGGGGAAGAAGGGGAAGAAGAGGAAGAAGGGGAAGAAGGGGAAGAAGAGGAAGAAGAGGAAGAAGAGAAAGAAGGGGAAGAAGAGGAAGAAGAGGAAGAAGGGGAAGAAGAGGAAGAAGGGGAAGAACAGGAAGAAGAGGAAGAAGAGGAGGAAGGGGAAGAAGAGGAAGAAGGGGAAGAAGAUGAAGUAA